CACCCCACCUCCCCCCCAGCAGAUGGUGGUCCAAUGGGAACUUCUUUGCCUGAUGGGGGUCCUCUCCAUGCUGCCUGCCUUUAGCAGAGGUGAGAAAGAGAGCACCUCGAGUUCGGCGGGAGACAGCUGCCCACUCAGAUGUGUCUGCAACUCGGAGGCGACGGUGGAUUGCAGCGGCGUGGACCUCAGCACCUUCCCGAGUAACGUCUCAGCCAACACCCAGCACCUGGCCCUACAGAAUAACCGGCUGGAAGAUAUCCCCAUCAAGCACUUGUCCAGGCUCACUAAACUGAAGACCCUCAGCUUGCACAACAACAGGAUCCCAUCCCAAGGGUUACCGGAUAAAGUGUUUGCAUCUCUCCAGCAACUGGAGUACCUGUACUUGGCAAACAACAAGCUGACAGUCACGCCCAGGCGGCUCCCUGAUACCCUGAACAUUGUCGACUUUGCUGGUAACCAUCUGACAGAGGUCUUCACUCUCACCUUCGGCCGCAAGCCUAAACUCAGGUCUGUGUAUCUCCACAACAAUAAUCUGACCAACGCAGGCCUCCCUAAGGCCAUGUUCAGUGGCUCGGACAUGGUCAAUAUAUUAAUCAUAUCCAACAACAACCUGACCCGUGUUCCUGAGAGUCUGCCACCUCAGCUCACCCAGCUGCAUUUACAGAACAACAGAAUCUCAAAGAUUCCCAAAGAUGCCUUCAGUCAUUUAGAGCAUCUCCGAGAGCUGUAUCUGCAAUGCAACAGGCUGUCCAAUGCAGGUAUUCAUUCACAAACCUUCAGUAAAAUGAAGGGACUGCAAUACCUGGAUUUAUCCAGUAACAACCUGAUCAAGGUGCCAGAAGGACUGCCGGCAAACAUUGUCGUGCUGCAGCUGGGAAGAAACCGGAUCGCCUCGAUCUCCAGGCACAGUCUGAGCAGGAUCAGGAACCUGGAGUACCUGCUGCUGCAGAAUAACAGGAUCUCGGCCGGCAGGAUACACAGGGAAGCCUUCAGCAAGCUCCGAAAGCUGCACACCCUUCACAUCUUUAACAACCCGCUGGGUAAAAUCCCGGCUAGCCUGCCCCGUCGUAUCAGCUCGCUCAUGCUGCUCCAUGAUGCCAUCGACAAGAUCGGCGCCAAGGACUUUGCGUCUGCCUCCUACCUGACCGAUCUCAACCUGAGUCACAACAAGUUGCGCAGCGCACGCGUCCACAGGCUGGCAUUCAGAAAACUUCGCCGGCUGGAAAGGCUCGAUCUGGCCUCCAACAUGCUGAGCCUGCUCCCCAGCGGCCUCCCACCCAGCCUGCACGCUCUGAGGGCCCAGAACAAUCAGAUCGGCCAACUCUCCGCCGACGCUCUGCUCGACAUGCACUCUCUGAAGGAACUGCACCUCCAUCACAACCUGCUGACGAUCGCCAAGAUCGCUCCAGGGGCCUGGAGGAAUGUCCCCAACCUUAAGUUGUUGGAUCUGGGAUAUAAUGAUUUGUCCUAUGUGCCUCCGGAUCUCCCCGAGUCCCUGGAGUACGUAUAUCUGCAGAAUAAUCGCAUUUCAACAAUCAACUCUGACUCCUUCAUCUCGACACCAAACAUUAAAGUGAUAGUCUUGAGGUCGAACAGGCUGACCUCUGCGGGAGUCAGGAAGGGAUCCUUCAGGGGCCUGAAAUAUUUGCAGGUUCUGGACCUGACUGGCAAUCCAGAGUACAUCAGCGUCCUCCUGCACAGCACCAGGCCGAGCUUCACACCAGCAGGCAACACCAGCACAGCAGUAAGCCAAAGCACAACUGGCCAGCAGGGAUAAGACACUGCCAAGAAAACCUCAUAAUGUAUCGAAAAAAAAAUGCUAACCAAAUAGCAGCUUAACACAGAGAUUAUACAUAGAGAACCAGUCAGAGAAAAUCCAUCCGGUGACCAAGCAAUGUGGGGAAUAGUUACAACUUGCAACAAUGGAAACUGCUGGACAAUCUCUGUAUUAAAAUCAACAUAUACUUCCUCUAAUAGUCAGAUCCUGUAUAGUGGAAGCAAAGCAUUUGGAUGGAGAAAUGUUUCAGCUACUGUCAUGAGCACAGAGCAGUCCCCUGAGACUGAUGGUGAACAGGGAUCUUAUUCCCAAACUUUGGCCACAGCUGUUUAAAUGGUUGAUAUUGAGAUACCAGUGUCAUGGCUUUCACUGACCCCUUUGCAACAUCUUAGAAAUGGUCUUCCACAUUAAAGGGUACCAUAUAGAGCAGUUAGCACUGCUGCCUCACAGUGCCAGGGACCCGUGUUCGAUUCCAUCCUCUGGCGACUGUCAGUGUGGAGUUUACAUGUUCUCCCUGUAUCUG